AUGCCCCAUGCAGAUAUUUUUCAUUUACAUGUAAAAUCAAAGAAAGAAGUGUUUGCCGAAAAGCCAGAGAGGUUGUCCAUAUCUGAUUCGACGUUAUAUAAGUUAUGGGAUAGCAGAGUUAAGAUCCCAACAAAGGUUUGUCUUAUUGUUAAUUUGAUGUGAGGGAAGUUUCUCCAUGAUAUAAGGCGUUUCUAAUUCAUUUUCAGAACAUAUAAAUUCCAACUGACUUAGUAUUGUCACAAUUUACUCUGACCCAGAAUGGUAAGCAUUUGGCAUUAGGUCUGUCUCUUCGAAAAAUCAAACAAAGAAAUUUUUUUAUCUCUCUGCCAUGAAGCUGUUUUAAGAGGUUGACUUCAUAUCUCAUAAUGAACCGUUCUCCCUUUUCUUAUGGCUAGAUACAGAUUUUACAAGUUACCUUUAUUUAGUAAAUUGUUAUAAACAAUUGCGCUAAUGUUAUUAUUGUUUCUUCUUCCGUGAUAGAAUCACAUUUUUGCAAAAUGUCCACAGUGCCAGGGCCUACGAAAGAAGUGUUUUGAGUGUGGAAAAAUGCUGCAGCAAUAA